AUAAAAAAAUUAACUAAUGAUGACAACAAAUAGGAUACUAUUGUUAAUAUUAUUAACAAUAAUUUCAGUGCUGGCACUGACAGCCGUUACCACUGUUUUCGCCAUCAAUCCGGCUCUGGAAGAAGUAUUUGAAAGUUUUACGGCGACCUCGACUACCGGCGAUCCACCCGACGAGGAAGAGUCGGCAGGACUUGAACGGGUUAAGGACAUGGACUGCGAUAAACUCAAAACAGAAUCUACGGCCUGUUCCAAGUCGGCCACUGAAUCUGCGGGUAUGUUAUCGGCUAAGAAAGUUGCCGCCAAUAAGGCCCGAUGCGCCGAAGUUGAAGCUGAAAUCGGUAAAAAAUGUAAUGACGUAACGUCGCCGUCACCGGCUACCUGUGCGGCCAAUACAGAUGGAGUGGCCUGCGAACCAAUGGACGACAACAACUACUGUGCAAACAUUCAGCGAAUCAUUUGUUCGGCCAAUAGUUUGAAACGAAAAUUUACCGAAUGUUUUCCCGGAUCGACAACUACUACGCCGACACCAGAGGCCGAACCGGCACCGAUGGACAGGGAAAAGAUCGAAGCCAUGGAUUGCGAACAAUUGAAGAAUGCGUCGAAAUAUUGUCAGGAAAUGUCAUCGUCGGCGUUGGCAUCGUUGGCCACAUCGAUACCCGGAUCAUCAGGUGAUGGUAGCGGUAGUGGUGGUGAUAGUACUACCACCAGUGACGCUGAUGGUGGAUCUGGCGAUAGCGGUGCUACUACUGCAGACUCGGCUUCGGCUGACAAUGAAAAUCCUGUUGCGUCGACAAUGUCGGCUAUAAUGCAAUCGGCUAAACAAGAAAUUUGCGACAAAGUGGCCAAACAUGUUAGGGAAAAGUGCGACGAAACUACAACAGCGCCGCCCGAAACCACAUCCGAGAUGGAAGAGGUACCGCCACCGCCUGAGAAGGAAAAGACAACAUCGACGGCGCCACCGGAAACCACAUCGGAGAUGGAAGAGGUUCCGCCACCGCCUGAGAAGGAAAAGACAACAUCGACGGCGCCACCAGAGACCACAUCGGAGAUGGAAGAGGUUCCGCCACCGCCCGAGAAAGAAAAAACGACUACAACUCCCGAACCGACUACAACUCCCGAACCGACUACAACUCCCGAACCGACUACAACUCCUGAACCGACUACAACUCCUGAACCGACUACAACUCCCGAACCGACUACAACUCCCGAACCCGAAACAACCACUGAGUUGACCUGCGAGUUGGCCGCCGAUAAGAUUAAGCAAUGUAUUAGCAGUACUACUACUAGUAGUGAUGGUGGUGGUAGUAGUGAUGGUACUACUAGUAGUAGUAGUAGUAGUGGUGGAGAUGGAGAAGAUAGCGGUGGUAAAGAUAAAGGAGAUACGACUACUGCUGCCACCGAUGGCGCCGGUGCAACAACCACUGCCGCCAGCACCGACACCGAUGCUGCCUCAGUAGCAGCCGAUGGUCAGCCGAAAUCGGCUGGCGAUCCGAAUUGCGAAGAAAUUCGCCGCAAACACCAGGAAUGCUUUCCGACAACAACGACCACACCGGCACCGGAGGACGAGGUAGAGUUGGCCGGUCUGGAAAGGGAUCCGAAAAAAGUCGAUGCCAUGGAUUGCGUAACAUUGAAGAAUGCUAGCAAAUAUUGUGUGGAAGAAAAGUUUGGAUCUACGACAACAACACCAACGAUGACAACAACAACUUUAGUACCGGAAGCGGAAAGUUCAACAAAAAAACGAAGACGACGUAAGAAGAAGACAACUACGACCACAACAACAACAGAAACAUCACUGACCAGCACUUCUUCAGCGACUACUGAAGAAGAUCAGUCUCCAGAGGCCAAACAAAAGAAGGAAUAUUGCUCUAAAGUUAAGGAAAAUUUGGCCGCAAAAUGUGCCGAAACCGAAAUCGACUGCGAAGGCAGCGCUAUAGCCGUCAAAAUGUGUUGGGACGGCGAUGACGUGGACAAGUAUUGUGCCGGUGCUCGCAAACGGUUUCUCGAAUGCUUCCCCGACGAGACCACUACUACCGAAGACGCUGUACCUGACCUACCSGGUMGGCCAGUGUUUAUGGGCAGUGCCGAUCUGAUUGGUGCGGCCAACGAUCUAUCCAAUGAUAAACCUAUAGUUCCAUCGUUGCUGCUGAAGACAUCGUCAUCAUCACUAAAAACAACAACAACAAUACCUAAGCUAUCGUCGAUACUGACGACUGAAAAGUCAAUGAAGAAGAAGAAGAUAAAGAAGAAGAAGACAACAACUAAGACACCAAAGUCUUCAUAGAAAUGAAUAGAUAAUUGUUUUUUCAUUUGUUUUUAUUUUUAAUUUUAAUUUAAUUUUUUUCCAAUCAAUAAAAGUAUUAA